CCACGCGCCAUCUUUUGUUUGGCAUUUUUGACAACGAAAGUGCGUGAAAACUUUCGUGUUGCGAGAGACAUUUUCGGAUCGCGCGAGUGUUUUUCGCGUUUUUUCCUGCGUGAUAAAUUUCCAAAUUUUGUGGCGUUUUGUUUCAUUUAUGGACCAUUCUUAUGCUGACUUGCUGCCGGCGGAAAUGUUUUAGCAACCCGGCACAAUCGUUUCGAACAUCGAUCUGCGGUAACAUCGAGUGACGCGGCCAACAACUAGUGUGGAUCCGGCAUUAGGGUGUUAGAAAUCGGUGCUCCACCAGGGCGGAAAUUUGAUGAAAAUGUCGGAGGAAGGCAACAGUACCGGUGCCAGUGACCUAGCCAAGGAACCUUCUCCCGAGCCCAGUGAAAAAGAUUCCGCAUGCACGGACCAUGAUGAUUCUGUACCUCAGGCCGAAUCGGAUGCUGGCAAUCAGAUGGACGAUGGAAAAGAUGAGUCCAUCACGAAGGAGGAGGAGGAAGAGCCCACUAAAGAAGAGGUGAAAACGGUGGAAGAUGCUGGAGAAGAGAAUACUAACGACAAGCCGGCGGACGUUCCAGAUGAGGAAGAUUUACCUGUGAUUAAAGAAGAAAAAGAUGACGAUUUGUAUGAUAAAUUAAGCAGUAGUAGUCCGGAGCCGGGUGAGUUACCCGACGAUGAUGACCCUAUGGGAGAUCAUCCAAAAGAGGUCAAAAAGGAGUCACAGAACAGUAUUGAAACAGACAACAGAUGCACCACUCCCGAAGUAAGCCUAUCAAUGAAAAUGAAGCCCGAGAAAGAUGAAACCGACAAAGUUAAACGUGAAUCCCAUACCUUGGACCACAGUUGGGAAGCAGAGAAUAGCAUAAGUCCUAAAGUAAAGCAGGAAUACUACUCGGACAUAGAGGAUGAACACUCGCCGCCGAAUACUCCCGAAUUGAAACCGGUCGAAAAAGAGCCGGAACAACCGCCGAAAAAGCUGGCCAGCAUUUUUGAGAAAAAGGUGAAAAAAGAGGAAGGAGGAGGCAGCUCCGAUGGUAUUCUGCAGGAGAAAUUAAAGCAAUACUUCGGGCAUAACGAUUUCAAAAGCACACUGCAGAAAGAAGCGAUACAAACUAUCAUAACACGAACCCGAGAUGUAUAUGUAUCGAUGCCAACAGGAUCUGGAAAAUCACUAUGUUUCCAGCUCCCGGGCGUGAUGCAGGACAACAAGGUAACAAUAGUGUUCUCCCCGCUUCUGGCCCUGAUUAAGGAUCAACUCGAUACGCUGGCCAAACUGAAAAUACCUGCCGAUUCCAUCAAUUCCAAAAUGAGCAACAAGGACCGGGAUCGCGUUCUGAACGAUCUGAAAAGCAUCCGCACCGACAUACGCUUCCUGUACAUCACGCCGGAACAGGCCAACACGUCUACUUUUAAGGAACUCAUGAAGAUGCUAGUCAAGCACAAGAAGGUGGCCUAUGUCGUCGUCGACGAGGCGCAUUGCGUCAGCGAGUGGGGUCACGACUUCCGACCGGAUUAUCUCAAGCUUGGCCACCUACGGUCCGAGUAUCCGUCGAUCCCGUGGGUUGCCUUGACCGCCACCGCCUCCAAGAAAGUUGUCGACGAUAUCUUCAAAAACUUGAGGCUCAAGGAGCCGAUAGCGAAGUUCAAAACUCCCUGCUUCCGGAAGAAUCUCUACUACGAUGUGGUGUUUAAAAACUCGAUUCAGGACGACUACAUCCAUUUACGGGACUACAUCGAAAGCAUCCUGGACAAGGACGAUAAGGACGUCAAACCGAGUAAAAAAGCAUGUGGAAUUAUUUAUUGCCGCACCCGCGAAACAACGGAACGAGUAGCUAGCAGCCUCACCAAACUCGGUCUAAAAACAGCCGCCUAUCACGCUGGUUUGAAGCAGUCGGAGCGCGUAGCCGUUCAGGAGGAUUGGAUGGACGGUAAAUACGCAGCCAUUUCGGCCACCAUCAGCUUCGGUAUGGGUGUAGAUAAGGGUUCCGUCCGAUUCGUCAUCCACUGGGACAUUCCGCAGAGUGUGGCAUCGUACUACCAGGAGUCCGGUCGGGCAGGCCGCGAUGGAAAGAAAUCCUUUUGCCGCGUCUACCAUUGCCGAGAUCAGUGCAAAUCGAUUGACUUUCUUCUCCAGCAAGAUCUACAAAAGACCAAGGGCUCGGCAAAAGAGGAAAAAGCAAAACUGGCUGUGAAGAAUUUUGAGAAAAUCGUCCAAUACUGCGAGUCGGCAAAUUGUCGGCAUAGGCUCUUUUCCGAUUUCUUUGGUGAUGAUCCGCCUGACUGCAACAAAAUGUGCGACGUUUGCAGUAAUCCGAAAAAAGUGGAGAAGGCUAUCGAAACUUUCCAGAAGCUGUCGGUGUCAGGUAAACUGAAAACCAUUGUGGGCUUCGACGACGAUUGUUCCGAUUUGUACGAAGGCGGUCGAAAGGGAUUCGAAGAUGCAUACAUGGCGGAACAAGCGGAAGAUGAAGGUGGCUUACGCGAGGAACGCGCCAAACGAGAAUCCGAACUGCUCAUUCAAAAGCAAUUUGCCUUGAGAAAGGCAUCGGCGGCAAAGGAAUUGGAAAUGCACAAAUCGGCUUCCAUCAGUCGGGUUAAAUUCGCACUGCAAACCACGGUCAAGGUGAACGGACUGACGAUUGCGUCCCGCGAGGGCAACCUCACCAUGCUGGCCGAUCUACUUAAGAAAAACGUCGAAGCAUGCAAAAAUUCUGAUCCACCGGAGCAUGAACUGGUGUACAAGGAUUUUGAAGAAGUGGCUACUGAAAUGGAGUAUGAAGCAUUUACCACCAAUACGGUAGCGAGCCUGUACAGGAGAUCCAUAGUGAAGCAUAUUUCCGCCAUCAAAUCGACCACCUCGGCUGGCAUGUUGUUCCCGGAUUUGAAAAACUAUGUCCCCAAGAAGCGAAAUGCGAUGGGAGGAGAGUUCAAAACCAUCGAAGCCGAGCUGAAACGCAAGUACGGAGAUGAAAUUGUCGAUGAACUGCGGGAAACAGAGGAGCGACGGUCAGGAGGUGUGUACCGUGGCGGCGGAGGUACGAGCAACGGCGAUCGCCGACGUGGUGCUGGCGGAAGAUUUAACCAUUCUAACCGGGAUGGUAUGAAUCAGACUUCGAUCAAUACGUUUUUCUCCAAAAAGGAUGGUGCCAGCAACCAUAAAACUGGAUCGUCGGGUAUGUCCACUUUGGAUGACAACGAUAUGUGGGAUGAAGGGGAACCGGCUGGACCGAGUGUUGCAGUUGAAGCUAAGCUACAGGAAGAAAAAAUGGACCCGGCGGAAUCGCGGCGGUCGCCUUCAGUGGAGAUAGUUUCCAGUGAUUAUUCUCAUCGGUCCAGGGAAUCGAAAGAUGACUGGGAUCGUGAAGAACGUAGAUCUAAGAAAAGGAAAACUAGUGCUAGAUCCAGGGACGCUUCUAGUGAUCGAUCACGAACGCCGAGAGAGAAAUCCCGUGAGAAAUCACGAGGACGAUCGAAAGGGAAAUCUCGCCAUCGGUCGAGGGAGGAUGGGUCGAGGUCUCGCGAGCGACACUCUUAUCGUUCGGAAAGGUCGCGUUCCCGGGAAUAUGAGGAAGAUCAUCGGCGAAGACAUAGAAAGUCCAGAAGUAGAGUUGAGGAAGACGAUGACUACAAUGACCGAAGGCCACGGAAAAGGCAUGCUGCCUACGAGUAUGAAGAAAGGCCCGCCGUGAAACGGCCGCCUUCUCCGGUGGAAGAGUUUAGCUAUGGUAAACCGAAGCGUGUAUCCCAUUAUGAACGGCCAGCUCCAGUUCAUCCUCAGAAGGAAUUCAAACCAAGUUUUGGGGGUGGAAGAAAUUUCAAUAGCUAUGAGCAUUCUUCGGCUGUCAAUAACUCAUUGCUCUCAAAUGAUGAUAUGUGGGAUGACGAAAGCUCUUCUAAAGCAAAGGAGUCAUCAUCGAGUAAAGCUUCAGAAUAUGUACCUCCUCCUCCACCUCUAUCAACAGUCAAAACACCUCCGCCACCCCCACCUUUUGCGGGAGAAUCGAACUAUACCUCCAGUUACUCAAAGUACGGACAAACGAGCACUCCAUCUGCCUAUCAACUUCCUCCACCGCCACCACAAAUUUCUCCCCCCAGAGAAAAAACAUCAUCCAAGAAAAGCUACGAUUAUUUGUUUGACGCCCCCGUAGAAAAAUCUACCAGUCAAUACGACCACAAAAAGUCAACCACCUCAACUUCCAAUUUCACCGCUGCAUCAAUACCUGUUAAAUCUAUUACGGCCGCCCAAUUCAGUACAGCCGCCCAGAUACAUGCGACACUCCAGAAGCUCAACGCCGCCAUGUCCAGCGCCUCACGGAACGGUUCCUCUUCGUCAUCCUCAUCUUCAACAACGACAUCAUCACUAGCGGCCACCUUGGCAGCAAUGAAAAAGUCAUCCGCUACAGCAAACGCCGCUUCCCUGAACAACAGCAGCAGUAGCAGUAACAAUGCCAGCACCAGCAACGCCACCAUUGCAUCCUCUUCCUCCUCCUCGACCUCCUCAGCUUCUGCGAUAGCGGUACCAGUACCGGUGGUAGCGGCGAGUACCACCACCAUUAAACCCAGUGUCGCCAAUCCGGCAACAGCAGCAUCAGCAGCAGCAGCAGCCCCAGUGGGAGGCACGAAACUGCAAAACAUACAACUGGAGCAGGAGAAAAUCUCUAAGAAGAACCUUGCCGAUGUGGUCAUCCGGUUCCUGAUGCCGUACUAUCGCCAGCAGAAGAUCAAAUCGAAGGAACUGUUCAAGGGUCUGGCGCGAAACAUUUCGCACAAGUUUUACGACGUGGAGGUUGUAGUGGAUCGCAAGGUGAAAAAAUAUAUUGACGACCUGAUGACACACAAAGGUGUGAUAGCCAGCGAAGCAGAUUUUCCUAAUUAACACUCGACUACACGGGAGCCGGUUAAGAACCACCAUCCAUGUAAAUAAGUUUCAUACAGUAGCAGCCAGGUUAUGCUUUCGUUUCACACUCGUAGGUAGUGGAGGUAAGAAGCGAUUACGCCGUGCCGUGUGCUUCACAAUGCAUCUAUCUAGUAGGCACGAAUGAUAAUUAGUUGGGUUUCAGUCGUAGUAGCGCAAAACAUAGUGAACCUUAUCUUGUAGAACAAGAAGUGCGUUUGAAAAAAAUAACUCAACUUUACUUACCGAAAUCGUAAAUCUGUAUAGUGUAGGGAAACAUUUCAAUAUUUAUUGUUGAUGAAUUUAUUUCUUCCCUUGGUAAAUAAAUAUAGUUGUAUCAUUUCGUGGUAGAGUAACCGGAUCUGUAAAGAUGCGGUGGUCUGUCUUGCUAGAUAACUUUAAAUAACUGGGUUGCAAUUGAAUCCUAGCAAAUACCGAGAUAAGAUAGCAGUAACAUCCGACCUACAAGAUUAGAUACAAUAAAAUUGAGUCACUCAAAAUAAUAAAAACAAAUCUUUAAAUUUUA